UCACUCGCAGGCGCAGCUAGCUAGCUCCAUAUAUACCCCAGCUAGCUAGCUUGCCCCUAUUGAGCAGAAGCAGAAUUCAGGACUAUAUGUCGGGCGUGUGGGUGUUCAAGGACGGUAUCGUCCGCCGCGUGGAGAAGGACAACCCCGGCGGAUCUUCAUCGAAUAGCGGCAGCAUGGGGCGCCCAAAGGUGCUUGUCCACGUCCCUAGCGGCGAGGUGGUGUUGUCGUACGACAUCCUGGAGAGGCGGCUCCAGGAGCUGGGGUGGGAGAGGUACCUCAACGACCCGUGCCUUCUGCAGUUCCACCAGCGCUCGACGGUGCACCUCAUCUCCGUCCCUCGCGACUUCUCCAGGUUCAAGCUUGUGCACAUGUAUGACAUCGUCGUCAAGACGCGCAACGUCUUCGAGGUCCGCGACGCAUGAAACUUAAUCAAGCAAACUACGAACGAUCGGUGAUGAUACGUACAGACUAUAGUACAGGCUAGCGUUUGGGGUGUUGCCGUACGUACGUAUCCUGUAGCGCGCGCCUUCAAUUUGGUAUAUGUUUGGAAAUAAUCCUUUCAAUAUGAGUACAGGGGAAGAGAUGCAUGGAGAAAUAGCUCCCCGCAAAGGAAAAGGAAAUUAAUAGCGGUUUUUUUAUGUAUCUUUAAUGUGUGUAUUUGCUUGUAUAUAAAAAUUGAAGUCCAGUUAAAUAUGUCAUCAUAUUUCAUGUUAUUGUGUUGAAAUUAA